GGAUCGCCUACACGCGUAUCCUUUAAACGGCGACUACGUAGCUUAUCAUCAGCCAUCCCUAUCCCUCAGGUCGCCUAUCUCUGAAAUUGAUAUGGAACUUCCCGGAAUAUCCAUCGGAAUCAUUCCCCCAUAUCUCAACACCUUUGUAGCUGCUCUCUUCCUCUUCCUUCUCUCCUCAUUCUUUGUUUUCAAGAAGGCUACAGCCCCUAAACGCAGAGAACCCCCUGAAGUAGCCGGUGGAUGGCCGAUAAUCGGCCAUCUCCCACUUCUCAAAGCCGAUUCCCAACUCCCUCAUCAAACCUUGGGAGCCCUGGCUGACAAAUAUGGACCUAUAUUCCGCAUUCGAGUGGGUGCCCAACCAACUCUCAUUAUUAGCAGUUCGGAAUUAGCCAGAGAGUGCCACUCCACCCUUGAUUCAAUCGUCUGCUCCCGCCCCAAAAGUGUGGGAGGAAAGUUGUUGGGCUACAACUACGCGGCUUUUGGGGCCAGGCCGUACGAUUCCUUUUAUCGCAGUAUGCGUAAAAUCGUUGUCUCCGAGGUGCUUUCGAAUCGUUGUCUGGGCUUACGGAGGGAUAUUAGAGUGUCAGAGGUGAAGAAAUCGUUGAAGGAGCUUUACAAUCAGUGGACAAAGAGAGAGGAAGGCUCGGAUCACAUACUUGUUGAUAUUGAACAAUGGAUUGGGAAUGUUAACCUGAGAGUGGUUCUGAUGAUGGUUUGUGGGAAGCGGUUCCUUGGCGAUUCUGCUGACGAUGAGGAGAUGAAACGGUGUCGUAAAGUCAUGAGAGAGUUCUUGGAUUUGAUGGGGAAAUUUCUGGUGGGAGAUAGCAUUCCUUUUCUGAGAUGGCUGGAUUUGGGUGGAUAUGAAAAGGCCAUGAAGAUAACUUCAAAGCAAUUGGACUCUCUUUUGGAGGAAUGGCUUGAAGAACACCGUCGGAAGCGAACCGAUCAUAAUGACUUGAUGGAUGUGAUGCUUUCUAAUCUUGAAGGGAUGGAUCUUGCAGGCUACGACGCCGACACAGUCAACAAAGCCACUUGUUUGAGCAUUAUCACUGGGGGAACCGAUACUGUAACGGUGACCUUGUCAUGGGCCAUCUCGUUGUUGCUGAACAAUAGAGAGGCGUUGAGAAAGACCCAAGAAGAGCUGGACAUCCAUGUCGGAAAGGACCGGCAAGUAGAUGAAUCGGACAUAAGCAAGCUGGUGUAUCUCCAAGCCGUGGUGAAUGAGACAUUAAGGUUGUACCCACCGGGACCGCUGUCGGGUGUUCGAGUGUUCAGUGAGGACUGCACGGUGGGAGGCUACGACGUAGUGGCCGGCACGCACCUCAUUACAAAUCUUUGGAAGAUACAGACGAACCCUCAGGUGUGGGCAGAGCCUUUGGAGUUCAAGCCUGAGAGGUUUGUUAGCGGAGAGAAGCAGUUGGAUGUGAAGGGGCAGAACUUCGAAUUUGCCCCGUUUGGCUUAGGAAGAAGAGCCUGCCCUGGAAUGAGCCUUGGGAUUCAGAUGACGCAGUUGGUGUUGGCGAGCCUGAUUCAUUCGCUGGAACUUGGAACUGGGUCCGAUGAACCGGUAGACAUGGCUGCUGGGUUUGGACUCACAAUGUACAGAGCUAACCCUCUCCAAGUUCUCGUCAAACCGCGUCUCUUUACUUGUGCUUAUACAUGAGGAUAUUGUUACAUUCGUACGAGAUCUUUUACAGAAAUUAAAAGCAAAAUUACUGGAAUUUAUGC